AUUGGUACAUAUAGCAGGGGGGAUACCUGGUCUGGGGUCUGUUUGUUCUUUACACAUUUUAUAAAUAAUUUUCUAUGUUGUGCUUAUAGGGAUUGGAUACUUCAUCUUCACAGAUCGAAUCUGUUGCAUCUUCCUGACUUCAACUUGGAUCGCUUCACUUCUACUAUUAUUGGAUACAUUGGGAGGGGGGGGGGCACCUGGUCUAUAACUGAUAACUGUUCUUCACACAAUUUGUGGUUUAUAUAUCAAUACAAUUUUCUAAAUAAGUUUCUGCAUUGCAGCUCACUGGGAUUUGAUCGCUUCUUCUGGAACGCUUCACUUGGAUCACGUUACUUGGAUCAUCUUCACAGAUCGAAUCGGUUGCAUCUUCCUGGUUUCCAGAGUACCUUUGACAAUCAACUCUGCAUCAAUUUCGGGUCCCCACUGAUCUGAGGGAUUGGAUUGCUUCUUCUGGAUCACUUCGUCUGGAUUGCUUCUUCUGAAACGCUUCACUUGGAUCGUGUUACUUGGAUCAUCUUCGCAGAUCGAAUCGGUUGCAUCUUUCCAGGUUUUCUUUGACAGUCAACUGGACUUCACUUUUGGGUCCCCUCUGAUCUGAGGUCUGUUAUUUUGGUACCACUUGUGUGAUGGGCAUUUCUUCGAAUUGAUGUAUUUCAUCAGGUCUGGUGUCAGCCGCUACUAUUAUAGAAUACACUGGGGGGGUCUGCUAUAACUAAAGGCAUCACUUACAAAUAAUAAAUUAUAUUGUUCUUUACAUAUUUUGUGGUAAAUAUAUCAAUAAAAUGUUAUAAAAGACACAAUGAACUGCGUUUUACUAGUGUGUUUUUUGGGGGAGGGGCUGCUACUACUUACAUUCUUUGGAGGGGGUGGAACAUAGUCUGGGAUCUGUUAUUACUGUAAUGGGGCCAAAGGUCUGGGGUCUGCUACAAUUAUUAUUAUUUCAUACAUGGGUGGGACCCAUGGUCUGGGGUCUGCUAUAACAAUAAGUACAUCACUGAUGUAAAAAUAUUACUGAUAAAUGUUAUUGUUCUUUACACAUUUUCUGGUAAAUAUACAGUAUAAUGUGUUUUACUAGUGUUUUAUUAUCAAAACAAGGGUGAAGGGAGGAGUCAAGGCAGAGAUUAUCGGGGUCACUUCCACAUGGUGCAAGUGCAUGGGUACACCGUUGUAGGUGUAUACUAUAACAAUGCUGAUUUUGGGUACAUGCUUAUAUAGAUUUUUUUUUUUCCUUAGUAGAAAUCAUGCCCAGCUGCAUUGUGAGUGGCUGCUCUCACUGCAGUGGCAAAAAGUCCUCUAAAGGCAUCAUAAUGCACACCUUUCCAGUAUGUCUAAUGAAGAUUAAAAGGUGGCUUUGUCAGAUCGCACUACAUACAAAUCAAGAUUUUGGUGAGAUUUUAAGUGAGUUCUUAUCGUGUAUGCAGUGAUCACUUUAGUAAUGAAAGCUAUAAAGUGAUAGGCAAGAGAAGAUCACUAAAACCUGAUGCCGUACCAAGCAUUUUCAAAAUAUCAAGUUACAAUAAGCACCAAAAGAAUAACUCCUCUUCAGUUUGUGAUCAACCCUCACUAUCAGCCACACACUCUUCUUCAGUUUGUGAUCAACCCUCACUAUCAGCCACACACUCUUCUUCAGUUUGUGAUCAACGCUCACUAUCAGCCACGCACUCUACUUCAGUUUGCGAACAACCGCUACUAACCUCCACACAAGUUAAAAUGGUUGAUGCCAGCACAGGCACCGAAGCACAUCUUUUCCAAAUGGAUAAAGCGGUACAAUGGCCAGAAUAUGAGUUCAACACAGAAGGAGAGGAGUGGAAGGUUGAACAUGAUCAUAUCUAUGACACACGUCCAAGAAUACUACAAUCAACCCCAAUGAAAAGAUUUAGAAAUUCCCAGCAAUUAGUGAAUGUUGGCUCCUUGCAUGACACUGCAAUGUCACCAAACCUUCACAGCUCUGUACAUGAAGACCUAAGUUGUACAGUAACAUCAAAGUGCUCCACAGCUUCUGACCCAGAAUAUGUUCCAGACACAGAUGAGUGUAAUGAAUUUUCAGUAACUGACACAUCAACUGUUAUUGAAGAAGAUGAGCAGAGCUUUGUGAAAGAACGGAAAUUUAUUGUUUUUGAGUCUUGUCUUGAUUCUUUGAUCAGAAAGAUAUCCUGCAGUGUUGUGUGCAACAAUCAAGAUAUUUGCAAUGCUCCGUUCAUAGAAAUUAAAAAACAUUCACAAGGCACAUUUGUUUCAGUGUCAGUCGUUUGCCUGAAUGGACACACCUACACCUUGUGGAAAAGUCAACCUUGCAUCGGAAGAAUUGCAGUUGGAAAUGUUUUAAGUUCAGCUGCAAUAUUAUACAGUGGCUGCAAUUUUUAUAAAGUCAGAGAAAUGUUUGAUUUAUUGGGGCUUGGAUUCAUAUCCCAUAAUACAUACUACAGAUACCAGCGUGAGUUACUUUUUCCAGUUAUUGAUGUACACUGGCAGCAAGAACAAAGGAGACUACAUGAUGCAUUCAGUGGCAUAAAGUUGUGCCUUGCUGGUGAUGGACAAUGUGACAGCCCUGGUUACAGUGUCAAGUAUUGUGUGUACAGUUUUAUGGAAGUGGACACAAAGAGAAUAGUGGACUUCGAGGUUGUUCAGGUAACAGAAGCCAAGACUUCUGCAGCUAUGGAAAAACUUGCAUUCACAAGGUGCUUGAACAGGUUAUUGGCUCAAUCAUAUAAAGUUACUGCAAUAGCAACAGACCGUCAUUCAGGAAUUAUUAAAAUAAUGCGUGAGAUCUACAAAGACAAAGGCAUCGCACAUGAGUUUGAUAUGUGGCAUUAUGCCAAGAGUUUGAAGAAACGUUUGGUUGCUGCAAGCAGAAAGAGAAACUGUUCUGCUAUAGCUGAAUGGAUCCCAGCAAUAACAAACCAUCUGUGGUGGUCAUCCAGCAAAUGUGAUGGUGACUUAUGUAUGAUGCGCGAAAGGUGGCAAUCGGUUGUUCUGCACAUAACAGAUCAGCAUGAAUGGGAUCAUGGAAGAAAGUACCAUGCAUGCUCACAUAAAGAAUACACAGAUGAGGAGCGAAGUCUGCGACCAUGGAUAGAAAAAGACUCUCAAGCCUAUUUAUCCCUGGCUGAAGUAGUCCUGUCAAAGACAAUGACAAAGGACUUUGAGCACAUGACAAAAUUUCGCCACACUGGAGCAUUGGAAGUAUAUAACAGCUUUUCCCUAAAGUACCGGUCUAAAAGAAUCCAUUUUACAAUGGAUGGAAUGGAGGCCCGUACGAAGCUUGCAGCUCUAGCCCAUAAUGCAAAUGUGCAUAGACCGCAAGCUCGUGUCCGAUUCCCCAGUGAGGGAGGGGACACUGUAGGUUCACUUCGACAUAGACUUGUGUUUCCCAAAUUCAAAAAGAAAUGGGUUGCUAAAGCACUAUAUGAGCCCACAACCAAUGCACAUGUAUUUCCAAUGUUGGUGGAUGUGCUCAGAUUACUGGAGGGCAAAUUGACCCAUAGUUGGGAUCCCAGAAACAGCACCAUGCCGGUCAACAUUGCAACAGAAGAGAGACCAGAUAAAAGUUUGACUGUUCAGCAUCAUUUGUCAAGAUUUCAAAACUGAUGCAUGUUCUAGUGAAUGUAACAUUACUUGUGAAUUGUAAUUGUUGCUAAGCGAUGUUUGUAAUGUGUUCCAGUGUACUUUAUGAAACCUGUCUUGUAACGAUCUAAGCACCCCCUGUUGUAAAAAAAACUGUAUGAUAAAAUGUAGACCCCUGACCCUGUAUAUGCCAGCUGUAUGCACUAAUAAAAUUAGCAGACCCUGUAGCCCAAAGCACUUUGCAGACUUAGUAACAGCUGACACACCCCCCAACGCUCUGUGUAGACCCCUGACCCUGUAUAUGCCAGCUGUAUGCACUAAUAAAAUUAGCAGACCCUGUAGCCCAAAGCACUUUGCAGACUUAGUAACAGCUGACCCCCCCCAACGGUCUGUGCACUUAUAGUAACAGCUGACCCCCCCACAACGCUCCGUGUACUUAUAGUAACAGCUGACCCCCCCCAACCUCUGCCGCUAAUGGUAAAUGAACAGUACUUGUGAAAUGUAAUUGUUGCUAAGCGAUGUUUGUAAUGUGUUCCAGUGUACUUUAUGAAACCUGUCUUGUAACGAUCUAAGCACCCCCUGUUGUAAAAAAAACUGUAUGAUAAAAUGUAGACCCCUGACCCUGUAUAUGCCAGCUGUAUGCACUAAUAAAAUUAGCAGACCCUGUAGCCCAAAGCACUUUGCAGACUUAGUAACAGCUGACACCCCCCCCAACGCUCUGUGUAGACCCCUGACCCUGUAUAUGCCAGCUGUAUGCACUAAUAAAAUUAGCAGACCCUGUAGCCCAAAGCACUUUGCAGACUUAGUAACAGCUGACCCCCCCCCCAACGGUCUGUGCACUUAUAGUAACAGCUGACCCCCCCCCAACCUCUGCCGCUAAUGGUAAAUGAACAGUACUUGUGAAAUGUAAUUGUUGCUAAGCGAUGUUUGUAAUGAGUUCCAGUGUACUUUAUGAAACCUGUCUUGUAACGAUCUAAGCACCCCCUGUUGUAAAAAAACUGUAUGAUAAAAUGUAGACCCCUGACCCUGUAUAUGCCAGCUGUAUGCACUAAUAAAAUUAGCAGACCCUGUAGCCCAAAGCACUUUGCAGACUUAGUAACAGCUGACACACCCCCCAACGCUCUGUGUAGACCCCUGACCCUGUAUAUGCCAGCUGUAUGCACUAAUAAAAUUAGCAGACCCUGUAGCCCAAAGCACUUUGCAGACUUAGUAACA